AUGCAGGCGCUGCUCAGCCGUGCCCUCAGCCGGGCCCUCAGCCGUGCCCUCAGCAGCACCCAAAGCUGCAUCACUCUCCAGCAGCACUCCUCAGCAGCAACCCCUCCAGCAGCACCCCUCAGUAUUACCCCUCAGCAGCAUCACCCACCGCAGCACCCCUCCAGCCGCAACCCUCGGCAGUACCCCUCUGCGUCACCCUCAGCAGCAUCACCCACCGCAGCACCCCUCCAGCCGUACCCCUCAGCAGUACUCCUCAGCAAUACCCUUAGCAGCAACCCCUCAGCAGCAUUUCUCAAGCAUCUCCCUCAGCACACCCAGCGUCACCCACAGCAGCAUCACCCUCCACAGCACCCUCACUCGCAGGAUCCCUCAGCAUCGCCCUUAGCAGUUCCCUCAGCAGUUCCCUCAGCACUCAGCACUGCUGGGGAGGAAGAGAAGAGUCCUACAGCUGCUGGGGAGGAAGAGAAGAGUCCUACAGCUGCUGGGGAGGAAGAGAAGAGUCCUACAACUGCUGGGGAGUCUUGCAGAGUUCCUACAAGUGGCCGUCCAUCAGAGUGGCCGUCCAUCAGAGUGGCCGUCCAUCAGAGUGGCCGUCCAUCAGAGUGGUCGUCCAUCGGAGUUGCCGUCCAUCAGAAGUACCCGUCCAUCAGAAGUACCCAUCCAUCAGAAGUACCCGUCCAUCAGAGUGGCCGUCCAUCAGAGUGGCCGUCCAUCAGAAGUACCCGUCCAUCAGAAGUACCCGUCCAUCAGAGUGGCCGUCCAUCAGAGUGGCCGUCCAUCAGAAGUACCCGUCCCUCAGAGUACCCGUCCAUCAGAGUACCCGUCCAUCAGAGUGGCCGUCCAUCAGAGUACCCGUCCCUCAGAGUGGCCGUCCAUCAGAGUACCCGUCCCUCAGAGUGGCCGUCCAUCAGAAGUACCCGUCCAUCAGAAGUACCCGUUAAUCAGAAGUACCCGUCCCUCAGAGUACCCGUCCAUCAGAGUACCCGUCCAUCAGAGUGGCCGUCCAUCAGAGUACCCGUCCAUCAGAGUACCCGUCCAUCAGAGUGGCCGUCCAUCAGAGUGACCGUCCAUCAGAAGUACCCGUCCAUCAGAGUGGCCGUCCAUCAGAGUGGCCGUCCAUCAGAGUACCCGUCCAUCAGAGUGACCGUCCAUCAGAGUGGCCGUCCAUCAGUGGACGACGCUAAGACGGGCGCUAAUGGCUCCCAAGCCCUGAUCGAAGACUCCAUUCCCCUACCACGGUCCCGGAACUCUUCCACCCCCUCGAUCCCAAUGCCCCAACUUCCCCAUCACAGUCCCAAGACCCCCAAGACCCGCGCCUUGCUGCACGCAACAGCCACAGCAACAGCCACAACAGCAGCCACAGCAAACAGCAACAGCCACAGCAACAGCCACAACAACCACUGCAGCAACAGCCACAACAACAGCCACAACAACAGCCACAGCAACAGCCUCAACAACAGCCACAGUAACAGCCACAACAACAGCCUCAACAACAGCCUCAACAACAGCCUCAACAACAGCAACAGCCACGAUAACAUUAUAUUCUGCAAAACUAUCUCAAUAACUGCAGCUUCAUCAAGAACAGUGGACUUCAAGGAAAAUAACGGCUGUCCUGCAUGCAAAUGA